GUGAGAGCUACAUUGUAUCCUAUUAGGCUGGGAGUGAUGUCACCUGCGAGCUUGUAACAUACUAGCCACUACGGGGGAAACUCUUUAAACGGAUCCCAUUGUAUUCCGAGCUGCCUUUCGCAGCGUUCGGAGGCUGCCCAGGUAAGGAGGGAGCGCCGCUCUGCGCGUCUGUCGCUCCCUCUAGCUCACGGGGACGUAGCUUCUUCUCAUUCAUUAAGUGGCACAGAGAGGGCACAGUGAGAAGCGAUCGGGCUGCGUGUUCAUCUCGGGAAGGGAGAGUUUAGUAAUUCAAGAAAUAUAAAGAAUUUUGACCAUGACCCCAAGGAAAAGAAGUGGACGGAUUUCAUUCGUCUUCUGCUGCUUUCAAAGUAAUGAUCCCCCAGAGAUCACAUAUCGAUUACGUAAUGACAGCAAUUUUGCUCUUCAGACCAUGGAACCUGCAUUUCCCAUGCCCCCUGUGGAAGAAUUGGAUGUUAUGUUCAGUGAACUUGUGGAUGAACUGGACCUUACAGACAAACACAGAGAAGCCAUGUUUGCACUUCCAGCAGAAAAAAAAUGGCAAAUAUAUUGCAGCAAGAAAAAGGAUCAGGAAGAAAACAAGGGAGCUACAAGUUGGCCUGAGUUCUAUAUUGAUCAGCUAAACUCAAUGGCUGCUAGAAAAUCCUUGCUAAUUUUAGAAAAAGAAGAGGAAGAGGAAAGAAGUAAGACAAUAGAAAGUUUGAAGACUGCACUGAGAACAAAACCUAUGAGGUUUGUAACCAGAUUUAUUGAUUUAGAUGGCUUAUCAUGUAUUCUGAACUUUCUAAAAACCAUGGACUAUGAGACAUCAGAGUCUCAAAUACAUACCUCACUCAUUGGAUGUAUAAAAGCGCUAAUGAACAACUCUCAAGGACGGGCUCAUGUUAUGGCCCAUUCAGAGAGUAUUAAUGUAAUCGCUCAGAGUCUGAGCACUGAGAAUAUUAAGACAAAGGUGGCAGUGCUGGAAAUCAUGGGCGCUGUGUGCCUGGUUCCCGGAGGUCACAAAAAAGUUCUACAGGCCAUGCUACAUUAUCAGAAGUAUGCCAGUGAAAGGACUCGUUUUCAGACACUAAUUAACGACUUGGAUAAAAGCACAGGCCGGUACCGAGAUGAAGUAAACCUCAAGACAGCCAUCAUGUCCUUCAUAAAUGCAGUCCUAAGCCAAGGGGCUGGAGUGGAAAGUUUGGACUUUAGACUUCAUCUUCGAUAUGAAUUUUUGAUGUUAGGAAUUCAACCAGUAAUAGAUAAAUUAAGGGAACAUGAAAACCUGACAUUAGACAGGCAUUUAGACUUUUUUGAAAUGCUCAGAAAUGAAGAUGAGCUGGAAUUUGCCAAAAGAUUUGAAUUGGUUCACAUAGACACAAAAAGUGCAACACAAAUGUUUGAGCUGACAAGGAAGAGGUUGACUCAUAGUGAAGCUUACCCUCACUUCAUGUCUAUUCUGUACCACUGUCUCCAAAUGCCUUAUAAGAGAAGUGGAAACACAGUUCAGUAUUGGCUGCUACUCGAUAGAAUUGUACAACAAAUUGUUAUACAGAAUGACAAAGGGCAGGACCCCAAUUCUACUCCUCUAGAAAACUUUAAUGUUAAAAAUGUUGUACGGAUGUUGGUUAAUGAAAAUGAAGUUAAACAGUGGAAAGAACAAGCAGAAAGGAUGAGAAAAGAACAUAGUGAUCUGCAGCAGAAAUUGGAAAAGAAAGAAAGAGAGUGCGAUGCCAAAACUCAAGAGAAAGAAGAGAUGAUGCAGACCUUAAAUAAAAUGAAAGAAAAGCUUGAAAAAGAGUCAUCUGAACAUAAGCAAGUCAAGCAACAGGUGGCUGACCUCACAGCACAGCUCCAAGAACUUAGCAGGAGGGCUGUUUGUGCAUCCGUUCCAGGUGGCCCUUCACCUGGAGCACCAGGCAGUCCUUUUCCUCCCCCUACUCCAGGAUCUCUUCUUCCUCCUCCUCCACCACCUCCUUUUCCAAGUGGAGGUCUUCCACCACCACCUCCUCCCCUUCCUCCUGGUGGUCCUCCUCCCCCACCGGGACCUCCUCCUUUAGGAGGAAUAAUGCCACCUCCAGGUGCUCCUCUUGGUCUGGCCCUCAAGAAGAAAAACAUUCCCCAGCCCACAAAUGCCCUAAAAUCCUUCAACUGGUCAAAGCUUCCUGAGAACAAACUGGAAGGAACCAUAUGGACCGAAAUUGACGAUUUGAAAGUAUUUAAAAAUCUUGAUCUUGAAGACCUAGAAAGGACUUUCUCAGCUUAUCAGAGACAGCAGGAUUUCUUUAUCAACAGUAACUCCAAGCAGAAAGAAACAGAUGCCAUUGAUGACACAUUGAGUUCCAGACACAAAGUGAAAGAACUUUCAGUGAUUGAUGGCCGGAGGGCCCAGAACUGCAACAUUCUGCUCUCAAGGCUGAAAUUAUCCAAUGAUGAAAUCAAACGGGCAAUUUUAACCAUGGAUGAACAGGAAGAUCUACCAAAGGACAUGUUGGAACAACUUCUGAAAUUUGUUCCUGAAAAAAGUGAUAUUGACCUACUGGAGGAGCACAAGCAUGAGUUGGAUCGGAUGGCAAAAGCUGAUAGAUUCCUUUUUGAAAUGAGCCGAAUAAACCAUUAUCAGCAAAGGUUACAAUCUUUAUACUUCAAAAAGAAGUUUGCAGAGCGUGUGGCUGAAGUUAAACCCAAAGUUGAAGCGAUUCGAAUUGGGUCAGAGGAGGUGCUGAAAAGCACUGCCUUACGGCAAUUGUUAGAAGUAGUCCUGGCUUUUGGAAAUUACAUGAAUAAAGGUCAGAGAGGCAACGCAUAUGGAUUCAAGCUCUCCAGCCUCAAUAAGAUCGCUGAUACAAAAUCUAGCAUCGACAAGAACAUUACGCUAUUGCACUAUCUCAUAACCAUUGUGGAAAAGAAAUAUCCCAAGGUACUCCAUCUGAAUGAGGAAUUGCGUGAUAUUCCACAAGCAGCAAAAGUGAACAUGACUGAACUGGACAAAGAAAUAAAUACCCUGAGGAGUGGUUUGAAAGCUGUGGAGGCCGAAUUGGAAUACCAGAAGUCUCAACUGUCUCAACCUGGAGACAAGUUCGUCUCUGUUGUUAGCCAGUUUAUCGCAGUAGCGAGCUUCAGCUUUUCUGAUGUGGAAGACCUUCUAACUGAAGCUAAAGAACUGUUUACGAAGGCAGUGAAGCACUUUGGGGAAGAAGCAGGCAAAAUACAGCCAGAUGAGUUCUUUGGUAUCUUCGACCAGUUUCUUCAAGCUGUCUCUGAAGCCAAACAGGAGAAUGAAAAUAUGAGGAAAAGGAAAGAAGAAGAAGAGCGCCGAGCUCGUAUGGAAGCACAGCUCAAAGAACAGCGUGAAAAAGAACGCAAGGCAAAGAAGACAAAAGAGAACUGUGAAGAAGGAGGAGAGUUUGAUGACCUUGUUUCAGCUCUACGAUCAGGCGAAGUUUUUGACAAAGACCUUUCUAAAUUGAAACGGAAUCGCAAGCGCAUUACCAACCAGAUGACAGACAGCAGCCGGGAGAGACCAGUCACAAAACUCAAUUUCUAAAUUUCCUUUUAAGUUUUUUGGAAAGCUCAUUAGCAGUCUUUUGAAGUGGCUAGAACUUUUCAUUACACUGCCUUGUAAUACAAACGGUGGCUGUCCUUUUCUUUCCCAUCUGUGAAUGAAAGCGUAUAUGUAUGUAUGUAUGUAUGUAUGUAUGUUUGUAUGUAUGUAUGUAUAAAAUGUACAAAGAGAUGUUCAUUGUGGGUGUGGCUGGAGACAAGUAUGUGUGUGUUCUGUGUACUACAAGUACACACAUGUACAUUCAUAUUGAGUGUGGCUUUAUUUUUCUUUCCUUAAUGCUGUUCACAAGCACAACAUUGUCUACUGAGAAAAAUGACAGAGACGUUCCUUAUAGUUUAAAAACAGAAAAAGAAAGAAAAGUAUUAAGAAUCAUUUUAUAGUUUCCACACUUGAUAUACUUUGAAAUUCUUCAGCACUGAUUACCCUAGUGCUGAGGAAUCUAGAUUUAAAAUGGCUUUUGACUUUUGACAAUUUAAUGUUGGUACAUCCUCCGAAGUGACUGCGAGGACCAAUCUGUGUAUCCGAAGUCAUUGUGAGGAUACAGUCUGUAUGUUAGGAAUGCCUCGGGGAUAAUGUUUGUUAGGAAUGCCUUGCACACAAACUGAAUCAUGUAGACCAUCAAGUGGAAAACUUUUUUUUUAAAUAUUCAAAACUUGAACAUCAUCUGUGCCCUUUUGCUGGUUCCUUGAGUUCUACAACAUGAUUUCCUUUAAAUUGCUUUUGAAAACAAUUCAGUUUCUCUAACUGCAACCUAUGCUCUUGUUGAAGAAUGAGGUCACCAGAAUGUGCUUAUUGCUACAACAACACAAAAAUGCAUUUAAAUUAUUCCCCACCAAACAAAAAAUUUCUACCCAAGACCAGGAAAGAGGAAUUCUCUGAAGGGACAAAGAUUCUAAAGUUGUUUUGUUUCCUUGUAUAUUCCAUGUUCUAUUCAGUAGGACGAACUGCAUCCUCUAUAAAUGUAGGUCAGAAUGAAAGGCCGUGUCUAACCAAUGCACAAAAUGUCAACAUUGCUAACUGAGAUGUUAAGACCUAUUUGUCACUGUGUACAUUUGAAGCAAUUUGCUGUUUAUAUGUUGUCAUUUUGAAUUUUUGUAAGUAAAGCUACCUGUAAAAUUUCAGUCCAAAAAAAGUAAACCUCUCAGGGAGAAAUUAAUUAAAAAAAAAAAAAAAAAAAACAAAGAAAAUUGGAAAAAAAAAAUAAUGGAUGCUUACCAUUAAUGUAGCAACCCAUAAUAUCCUUAAGUUAUACAUUAUAUGAGGAGGACUGUUACUACUUUUUGUUAUAUUUAUUUGUCUGGGGGGCGGUGGUUAAAUUUUUUUUGUUUUUCCAUCAGUACUGCUAUGGUUGGUUUUCCUGUGGAGAGAGUAGUUUGUCCUGUUGCACUAAAUUUUCUUGGUCCCUAAAAUGAGUAUAUCAUGUAAAGGGGAUUCAUAGUGGGGACAGGAUGCCAUUUUCUCACAUGUACUGUAUAGCAAAAAUGCUGUCUAAAAUUAAUUUGCAUAAACUAUGAUUCUUAGCACAGACAGUGAGGUGUCUGUGCUGUGUGAAAGCUGUGAAAUUUUGUUUUGAGAGUUAUCAAGAGCUGUGGUUUAUACCUGUUUUCCUUAUUGCAACUUAGCAAUUUUUCUACGCACUGUAAGUAAAACUCUGACUAGGGAUAAAACAGUAAUAAAUACCAAGCAAAGACUGAAUUUCCAAGUGUUCUCAAAUAUGCUGAUUUAAAGGGGCAGCUCAAAGCUUUGCUUAAAAAUUUGGGGGGGGUGAGAGGGUUUGGGGUGGGGAGGGCAUACAUAUUAAGAUGAUUUUGUUUUUUUCUUUAACUAAAGUGCCUCUAUUUAUAUUUUUAUUUAUAAAGAAGCAAUUUGAUCUGACUAGAUUGAGGAAACUGGCAUUUUUAAAUGGACUAUGUAUGAAUUAAUGGCUUAAGAAAUAAUUAAGUGUAGAUAGAAUCAAAUUGGGGGAUGUGUACAAUCUUGAAAGAAGCAGAUUUGCCAGUAUUUUGUUCCUUUUGUCAUUCAGAUCAUUCUCACUUUAGGGUGACCAUCUUGUUGGGCUGAAUUUGCCAUUUGGCUUAUGGUUUCUUCCCCAGAAGUCUGUGUGCAGGUAAUUUCUUGUGCCAUUGUAGAAAGGCUCCUUUUAGAUUGGUGCUGGUGUAAGUAGCCACUUUUUUCUCGAGUAUGUACUUUAAAGAAUUUUUUUUUUUUUUAUUAAUGCCAAAAAAAAAAAAAAAAAAAAAAAAGGAAGACUGUAAUUUGUAAACUUAAGUAUAUGUCAUGGUGUGUGUAUUAAAGAUUUUUUUAAUUAAUGCCAAAAAGGAAGAGUGUAAUAAUUUGUAAACUGAAAUAUGUCAUUAGCCUUCUGAGCUUAGUAGUUGGAAUAAUUUAGUCAUUAGGUGCAAGGCUGUUGUUAGUGUAGUGAGCGAAAAAAAAAAAAAUGAUGGAUAUGUUAUGAGACUGUACAUUUUUUUAAAUGGCAAAAUGCAAUAAAGAAAUGACUCCCAUUGGUUAUACAUA